AAUCCAAUCAUCCAUUACUAACCCUGGGCCGACCAAGAAACUUUUUGGACGACCCAAGCUUCAAGGGUUAUUCUUCACCAGAAUAAACAAAAUAAUCUCAUCGUCGAUUUCAGAUGGCGUUUGCUUAUUUGAACCUUGGAAGCUACGUUAUCGCCUUUGUCUCAUUGGCUCUAGCCGUCGUAGCUCCAUCGGUUCAAGCGCACGUCGCUGUCUUCGAUGAAUACUGGACCCAGCGUCAAGCCAACGCGCUGAGACAAACACUGGAAUCUUAUGACCCGAACCCGUUGAACGUCACGAACCACUUUAACUACCAUGCAGCAUUAGCAAUGGAGACAACCGGUGCAGACAACGGACCAAGGAGAGAGCUUGGACAAGUUAAAUCCGGUCAGAAAUCACGUGGAGGAAGGUUUAGAUCCCUCAACGCGAUUGAUAGAUGCUGGAGAGGAGACAAAAAUUGGGCGAAUAACAGGAAGAAGCUAGCGGACUGCGUCCUAGGGUUUGGUUUGAAAACAACCGGAGGCAAAAACGGACCGAUCUACGUAGUCACAGACGCAUCCGACGACGAUCUGCUAGCCCCCAAACCAGGAACUCUAAGACACGCCGUGACCCGCGACAGACCACUUUGGAUCAUAUUCGCUAGGACCAUGGUCAUAAAACUACAACAAGAGCUGAUGAUAACAAACGAUAAAACCAUCGACGGUCGAGGAGUGAGUGUUUACAUAACCGGAGGUGCAGGAUUUACGUUACAGUUCGUGAAGAAUGUGAUCAUACACAAUAUUCAUAUAAAGUUUAUUAAAAGAGGACUUGGUGGGUUGAUUAGAGACUCUGAACAACAUUUUGGGCUUAGAACAAUCAGUGAUGGUGAUGGGAUCAAUAUCUUUGGAGCUUCAAACAUAUGGAUCGAUCAUGUCUCCAUGAGGAACUGUUCUGAUGGUAUGAUCGAUGCCAUCAUGGGAUCAACCGCCAUUACUAUCUCCAAUUCCCAUUUCACCGACCAUGAGGAGGUGAUGCUGUUUGGGGCUAAAAACGGUGACGACUUCGACAAGAAAAUGCAGAUCACGGUUGCGUUUAACCAUUUUGGUAAGAGAUUGGACCAAAGGAUGCCAAGGGUGAGAUACGGUAUGGUCCAUGUAGUGAACAAUGACUACACUCACUGGGAGAUGUAUGCAAUUGGUGGAAACAUGAACCCUACCAUUAUAAGUCAAGGCAAUCGUUUCAUUGCUCCUCCUAAAGAAGAUUGCAAGCAGGUUACAAAGAGAGAGUACACACCGUAUCCAGAGUGGAAGUCAUGGAACUGGCAAUCAGAGAGAGAUUACUUUUUGAAUGGAGCUUACUUUGUGCAAUCAGGAAAGUCAAAUGCAUGGAGCUCUACACCGAAAAAUCCAAUCCCUAAAGAGUUCACGAUCCGUCCUCAGCCAGGAACAAAGGUAAGAAGCCUCACAAAAGAUGCUGGUACGCUUGAUUGCAGACCAGGAAAGUCCUGCUGAUAAUAAACUUCAUUGUCGUGGGUGCGUGCGUGCGUGUGUGUGUGUGUUUCCGUGUUGUUAUGGUAACAAAGAAUUGUAUUUGUUGUGGAUGGUGUUUUGUAACGAAUUGUGCAUAAUGCAGUACGGUUAAUUAUUAGGCUUCUUCUUUUUUUU